UUAUCCUGCGUGGCGGGAGCUGACGCAGCCAUAUUUGUUAUGGGAAAGGGACCAGAGUAAACCAGAGAACUUUUCUUUUCUUUAGCCCAUCAAUGCUUGCCACCCGGAGUAAGCCCUGAAUUAUGGCGGCCUCUGCUUUGACGCCGCAUGGAACUGCCUUUCCAGAAGAGGGGCGAUGCGGUUAUUUUGUGGAAAAGAAGAAGCGGUUCUGCAGGAUGGUGGUGGCAGCCGGAAAAAGGUUCUGUGGUGAACACGCUGGAGCCUCGGAGGAAGAAAAUGCUCGGAAAAGAAUUCUGUGUCCUUUAGAUCCAAAACACACAGUAUAUGAAGAUCAACUAGCAAAGCAUUUGAAAAAGUGUAACUCAAGAGAGAAGCCGAAACCUGACUUCUUUAUUCAAGAUAUUAAUGCAGGCUUAAAAGACGAAACUGAAAUACCGGAUCAGUUAGUUCCAAUUUCGUCUCUCUCUGAAGAGCAGCUGGAAAACUUAAUUAAGAAAUUGAGAAAAGCAAGUGAAGGUUUGAACUGCACACUUAAAGAUCAAAUUAUGUCCCAUCCAGCAUUGCAUGAUGCCCUUAAUGACCCUAAAAAUGGUGAUUCUGCAGCCAAACAUCUGAAACAGCAGGCUUCUAUUUUAGGUAACAUUGAAAAUUUAAAGUUACUUGGUCCAAGAAGAUGCUUUGUUGAAUUUGGAGCAGGAAAGGGAAAAUUAUCUCAUUGGGUUGAUAUUGCCUUAAAAGAUGCUGAAAAAGUUCACUUCAUCCUAGUAGAAAAGGUGACCACAAGAUUCAAGGUAGAUGGCAAACACAGAAAGAAAAAUUCAGUGUUUGAAAGACUUCAAAUUGAUAUUCAACACUUGUGUUUGAACAAGAUUCCUUUGCUGAGCAAAGAAAAACUACCUGUGGUAGGAAUUGGAAAGCAUCUGUGUGGUGUGGCAACAGAUCUUGCAUUACGAUGUUUGGUUGAAACCUAUGCUGCCAGUUGUGAGGAAAGGAAUGAAGAACCUUUAGCCAAACGCAUAAAGAAUGAUAAAACAGAAAAAGAAAUUAACACUUUGGCCAAGGAAGGAAAUGAAAAAAAUACCCCAGAGAAGUGGACCCCUGUGGCUGGCAUUGCUAUUGCACUCUGUUGUCACCACAGGUGUGAUUGGAGACAUUAUGUGGGCAAAGAAUAUUUCAGGGCUCUGGGCCUUGGAGCAGUGGAUUUCCACUAUUUCCAGCGAAUGAGUAGUUGGGCGACUUGUGGGAUGCGAAAAACGUCUUUGGCAGCUUCAAAUAUUUCCACAAAAAGAAGAGAUAAACAGAAUGAUGGCAGUGAAGAGCAUGAUGACGGAGGAUACACAAUCACUGAUGACAGCCCUGAGAGUUUGCCUGGGUUUCUUACUGUUGAAGAAAAGAAGAAAAUAGGGCAUCUUUGUAAAUUGCUGAUUGACCAAGGCCGAAUCAAGUAUUUACAGCAGAAAGGCUUCAGUCCUGCUUUACAGUACUACAUAGACCCUCUGGUGUCUUUAGAAAAUGUAUUGUUAACUGCUUUACCAAAUCAUUCUUCAUCACCAGAAACAAGUGCUUAAUAAGAAAGAAAUUUUGAACAACAUCUGUCUUCCACCAAAAAAAAAAUUUUUUAAUUGUAUUUUUAUAUUCAUGGAAAUAGCAUUUAAAUAGCAGAUAAUAUGAACUUUAAAAAUGUUGUGGCCUCAUUGAACUUAGUUAAUGGCUUUGUUUUUUACUUUAGAAAUCCAAACAUAAGAGAAUUCACCAAAUUCCCAAAGCAAUCCUCUUUAGCAGGGCAUCUUGAAUUAUAUUAUCCAUCAGCGUCUAUGGAGUUUGGGGAAGUAGUCUAGCAGUUGACUUGGUUACCUGAAACACAUAACAUGCCAACAUGAAACUAGUACAUUCACUUUCUAUUUGCAUUAAUUUUAGAAACUUAUUUUCCUUUGGUUUUAUUUAAUACUUUUUAUUUUUCAAGUUCAAGAUAUAAUGAUCAAUUAUCAGUUUAUAACAAGGACCAAUCUGAUAAUUUGGCUUAUGUAUGGAUUUUUUGUCGAGGCAGAUCUGGAAAGAAUAAUUAAUUGUGAUUAUUUGUUUCUAUUGCAAAUAAAUACAGAAGUGUUCUCAGUCAAUUAAUGAAUUUAUCUUCAGAUUUCAAAAGCCAUACCUGUAUUUAUAUAUUAUCAAAAUUCAUGACAGACACUAAAACUAAAGAGGUGUUUUCAAGGAAAAGAACUAUUUCACUUCAUUUUUUUAAUUGGAUAAUUACCUAGUUAAAACUUCUAAAAGGACACUUAUAAGCCUAAUUCACAAAUUAAAUUGAAAUUUGUAAAUAACUUCUGAAGUUAAUUAGGCAUCAGUAUCUUUUAAUGGGUCAUUUUUACAUAUAUAAGGACAGUUACAAGUAUAUUCUCUACUGUUUCGGAAGAUAAUUUGGAAUAAAGUGGAAAUUAGAUAGUGAUACCAAAAACCUCACUUUUGGGCCUCAGCUCAUAAGCAGUUUCUAUGCACAAGUAAACAUUAAACCAAACAUAUGGUAGGACUGUUAGUCUUUUCCUCAUCGCAUCCUUGGUUUAUUUCUGCUUUAUUUGUAAAAAUUGUCUUAAUCAUCGUACAUUUGCCAAGAUAAAGAUCCAGAAAUACUAAUUUAGAUACAAUAAUGAUACUCUUAAAUAGCUAGUAUUUGUAGGUCUAUGAGUAUGUUAAUUAUAAACUAGAAGUCUAGCACAUUUUUACUUUCUGACCUUUCUACAUAUAUCUCAUGAGACUGCCUAGGUUCAAAUCCCUACUACCUGAUCUCUUUGUGCCUCAGUUCCCCUCUUGAAAUGGGGAUGUUGAAGAUAAUAAUACCUCACAGGGUUGUCAUAUGAGCAUUAAGUGAGAUAACUAACAUACUAAAAUGCUUAGAAGAGUUCUAAGUACAGAGUAAGUACUUAAUAAAUAUUAAGUUUUUAAUAGUACUAAUUCAUAAAAAUAUUUUUAAUGACAGGUUUUAUUCUCUCUGUUUAAGUUGUAACCUUUUUUCUUUUGUAAGUUCUAUGUCAAAUAUUAUUAAAAUAAAGUAGUUGGAUUAUUUUUUAAAUUAGCUACUCAUGCCUGCAAAUUGAGACCAUAAAGGAAGAUAAUAAUACAUUGUAAUAAUUAACCCCAAUUUUGCUGAGUUAGGCAAUGCUAAUUUGUGUCAUAUGGUCUGUUUUACUUCAUUCAACAAUUUAUGCCCAGAAAUAAAAAGAUAUUCUACAACAGA